GCCAUCCUUCUCGUUAUGCCUCUUUAUGGAGAUCCCGUUUGCCCCAUCUCGGGCGCAACUGCCAACAUAUAUCGCUCUCCGCUUAUCCCUUACAAGGAUGCUGAACAAAACGAGAUUCAAGUUGCGUGCAUAGAGUGGAUCUUUGGGUUAAGACGAGGUGGAUUCUUCUACUACCUUCGUUCGGAAGAUAACUAUGCCUUCUUUCGACGAGAUAUUAAUGACAUGUUCCGGCGCGGAGAAUUUGUUCUCGCCCCCACAUACAAAACAUAUCUGGACACUAUGCGAUUCGUAGAACGUUCAGACCUCAAGAACCGAAAAGUGAGCGAUAGAUCUCCCAGACGCCCACUGUCAGUGCUCGCACCUCCCAAUGGGAUGUAUCGCUACGUGUUCAUACCGCUCACGAAGGCAGCACGCGCUCUGCAGACAGAGUUCGAAAUGCAACCACAAACUCCAGAAGACACGAACGGAGGUGUAUACCCCCUCAACAACAGGCCGUCUCCCAAGGGAAGCCACCGAUAUCCUGUGAUUGAAUGUCUGGCACACCCUUUCUCCAUGUGUACGCGCGCAUCUCAAAUAUUCUCCAAACGCUCGACACCCCUCACCGCCCAGUGGCACAGGCUGUGUAAGGCCAUCGUCGGGCUUUGGGAGCGCCCGAAUAUUCAUAUCCCUGGCUGGUUCGUCGACGAGCCCAAGUAUGGGCAGGAUGACGAGGAGCUCCCGCCUUCCGAAGCCACGGGUUACAUCAUGGAGACGCCUACCCACGCUCUCGACCCCAUCGCACUUCUGAAAGACGACAGCUACGUGGACGAACAUUACUGCAAGAAGUGUGCUAAGUGGGCGCUUGACGUGCCCCCGGACGCACCGCCGCCCGAGGAAGAUCAGCCCCUCGCUCCCUACCGCGAGCGCCGCUCCGUACGCAUCGCGAAGCGCGGGCGCCCAUACCCUCAGCCAUCGGUCUCCUCGACAUCCGAUGACUCGACGUCCGAUGAGUGCUACGGUCCGCUGCCGUCACCGACUCGCCGAGGGCAGCGUGCGCUGCAGACGUGCAGGCGCGACCCCGUCAAGAACCCGCCAUGGUGGGCGGCGCGGAGCGGGCGCUUCCCCACGCCAACGUUCUCCAGCAACGACUGGGCGUACUUUCGCUGUAAAGUCUACCUCGCCUCGGCCGAGUACACCUAGCACGCUUGACAUUCGCGUGCCUUCGGACUUGACGGACAUAUAACACUCUGGCGACCUUGUCCAUACGACUAUCGUGCAUCUCACAAUGCCGCGCCGCUC